GCAUUGUGGCCGCUAGGUGGUAGCUCUGCAUCAGGAUUUCCUCCUCCCAGGUCGUCGAAACAACAAACCGAACUACGGAGCAAGCGGGGUGAGAGAACGUCCGAAACCGCCUCUGACCGCGACUUUUAAACUCUUUUUACAGAAUUGUGGCGGAAUUCAGACGGAGGCUGUAUAAGAGUAGUAAAAGUUAGGAUUGUACCGGGACUACAUUUCACAACAAGGUCACAUGCAACCACUCCUGCCUUUUAUUUUGUGAGGAUUAUAAGCCAGUCGUAAGUUGAAGUUUUCCAGAAGAUGUUGUAGCAAUGAUAGCAGCACCAGAAAUACCAUCAGAGUUUGCCUAUACUCAGGAUACAGACACCCGAUUCUCCUCAGACACAGACUUCUCUGAGGAUCCUGAUGGAAGGAGUGCAAAUUCAACUAAAGGAAAGGGUGGAAAGAAGGGGAAGAAGGCAGCAGGGGAGAAAGGAAAAGGAGGGAAGGGAGCAGGCCGUAUAAAUGGCCACCACCAAGAGAAUGGCAUGGAAAACAUGAUGCUAUUUGAGGUUGUGAAGCUGGGAAGGAGUGCAAUGCAGUCUGUUGUCGAUGACUGGAUUGAGUCGUACAAACAUGACAGAGAUGUUGCACUACUGGAUCUCAUAAAUUUUUUCAUCCAGUGCUCAGGAUGCAAAGGUGUGGUCACUGGAGAAAUGUUUCGCAACAUGCAGAACUCUGAGAUCAUCCGACGGAUGACAGAAGAAUUUGACGAGGACAGCGGUGACUACCCUCUAACCAUAGCCGGGCCCCAGUGGAAGAAAUUCAAAACAAGCUUUUGUGAAUUCAUUUCGGUGCUAGUGCGCCAGUGUCAAUACAGUAUCAUCUAUGAUGAGUAUAUGAUGGACACAGUCAUCUCCCUUCUCACCGGACUAUCAGAUUCCCAAGUCCGAGCCUUCAGACACACCUCAACACUGGCAGCCAUGAAGCUGAUGACAGCCCUGGUGAAUGUAGCUCUAAACCUGAGCAUUAACAUGGACAACACCCAGCGCCAGUACGAGGCAGAGAGGAAUAAAAUGGUCGCUAAAAGGGCAAACGACAGACUGGAGCUGCUGUUGCAAAAACGCAAAGAGCUCCAGGAAAAUCAGGAUGAGAUUGAAAACAUGAUGAAUGCAAUAUUCAAAGGAGUCUUUGUUCACAGAUAUCGGGAUUCAAUAGCAGAAAUCAGGGCAAUCUGUAUAGAAGAGAUUGGAGUGUGGAUGAAACUCUAUAGUGAUGCCUUCCUUAACGACAGCUAUCUGAAGUAUGUGGGAUGGACGAUGCACGACAAGCAAGGUGAAGUACGUCUAAAGUGUCUGACAGCACUGCAGGGCCUCUAUUACAACAGAGAACUCAAUGCAAGACUGGAGCUCUUCACCAGUCGCUUUAAGGACCGUAUUGUCUCUAUGACUCUUGACAAAGAUAGAUUAGCAGUACAAGCGAUUAAACUGCUCACUCUGGUCUUGAAUAGUACGGAUGAGGUGUUGACACCCGAGGACUGUGAGAGUGUGUAUCACUUGGUGUACUCGGCACACAGGCCAGUCGCAGUUGCAGCUGGAGAAUUCCUUUUUAAGAGUAUAUUGUUCAGCCAUCGAGAACCAGAAGAGGAAGGUGCCCCCAGAAGGAGAGGCAGACAAAGUCCCAAUGCCAACCUCAUUAAGACCACUGUCUUUUUCUUCCUGGAGAGUGAGCUCCAUGAGCACGGCUACCUAGUGGACUCACUCUGGGAAUGUGGUGCAGAGCUACUGAAAGACUGGGAGUGUAUGAUCAGCUUACUGCUAGAUGAACCUUUGCCAGGAGAGGAAGCUCUUAAGGGAGUGCAAGAGACGGCUUUGAUUGAAAUCAUGCUGUGUACUGUACGCCAGGCUGCUGAGUGCCACCCACCUGUUGGAAGAGGAACAGGGAAGAGGGUCAUGACAGCUAAGGAGAAGAAGACUCAGCUGGAUGACAGAACCAGAAUAACAGAGCUGUUUGCUGUGGCUUUGCCCCCUCUACUGGCAAAGUAUUCCGUGGAUGCAGAGAAAGUGACUAACUUGUUGCAGCUGCCUCAGUUCUUUGACCUGGAAAUUUAUACCACAGGCCGUCUGGAGAGGCACUUGGAGUCUCUGCUGCGUCAGAUCAAAGAAAUUGUGGAGAAGCACACGGACACUGAGGUUUUGGAGUCCUGCUCCAAGACUUACCAUGCCCUCUGCAAUGAGGAAUUUACCAUCUUUAACAGGGUGGACAUAGCCCGCUCCCAGCUGCUGGAUGAGCUGGUUGACAAGUUCAAUAGGCUAUUGGAGGACUUUCUACAAGAGGGUGAAGAUGCUGAUGAAGAUGAUACUUAUCAGGUGGUGUCAACUCUAAAGAGGAUCACAGCUUUUCACAAUGCACAUGACCUAUCGGGAUGGGAUCUUUUUACCAGCAACUUCAAGCUGCUCAACUCUGGCAUAGAGAAUGGAGACAUGCCUGAGCAGAUAGUCAUCCAUUCACUGCAAUGUACCCACUACGUGAUCCUGUGGCACCUGCCAAGUUUAUCUGAGGGCAGCUCCAGAAGGGAUGAUCUGGGAACCCUGAGAAAGCAGAUGAGGGCAUUCUGUAUGAUGUGUCAGCGCUACCUCACCAAUGUCAACACAGCCGUCAAAGAGCAGGCAUUCACCAUCCUGUGUGAUCUCCUGCUCAUCUUUAGCCACCAGAUGGUGUCCGGAGGCAGAGAACAUCUGGAGCCCCUGGUCUAUUCCCCAGAGGACUCACUGCAGUCUGAACUGCUCACCUUCAUCCUGAACCAUGUCUUCAUAGACCAGGAUGAUGACACAAAUAGCACAGAUGGGCAACAGGACGAUGAGGCAGUAAAAAUUGAAGCUCUGCACAAGAGGAGAAACCUCCUGGCUGCCUACUGUAAACUUAUCAUCUACUGUGUGGUAGAAAUGAAGACUGGAGCUGACAUCUUCAAACAGUACAUGAGGUAUUACAAUGACUACGGUGAUAUCAUCAAGGAGACUAUGAGUAAGACUCGGCAAAUUGAUAAAAUUCAGUGUGCCAAGACACUCAUUCUCAGUUUGCAGCAGUUAUUUAAUGAAAUGCUGUCUGAACUGGGUCAUGGGUUUGAUCGCUCCUCCUCGGCAUUCUGUGGAAUCAAAGAGUUGGCCCGUCGCUUUUCUCUAACUUUCGGUCUUGAUCAAGUCAAAACCAGAGAUGCCAUUGCUAUGCUGCACAAGGAUGGUAUUGAGUUUGCAUUUAAGGAGCCUAGUCCCCAGGGAGAAGGAGGCCCUCCACUCAACCUGGCUUUCUUGGACAUCCUCAGCGAGUUCUCCUCCAAGCUUAUGAGACAAGACAAGAGGACUGUCCACAUGUACCUGGAGCGCUUCAUGACGUUCCAGAUGGCGCUGCAGCGAGAGGACUGCUGGCUUCCUCUCAUCUCCUACAGGAAUUCCCUACAGGCUGGGGGCGAUGAUGAUACCAUGUCUGUGAUGAGUGGCUACUCCAGCAGAGGCUCUUCCGUUCGCUCCAAGAAGACUAAGCCUCCUGUUGUUACAGCUGGAACUUCAGCAGCCAAGAGGAAGUUGCCAGAAGAGGAGAGCAGCAGCAGCGAAGUGUGGCAGCAGAGCAUGCAGACCCCAGUCAUGAUGCCAUCUCCCCAUCUCACCUCCACUGCCAUGCGAGACCCUAAGAGGGCGCGUGAUGACAGCUUCAUGGGGGUCUACCCCCUCCCGCAGGACCAGCAGCAACCCCACCAACACCCACAGCACCAUCAACAGACGCCCCAGCACCACCAGACACCCAUGGAUUACAAUUCCCAGGUGACGUGGAUGCUGGCUCAGAGACAGCAAGAAGAGGCACGCCAGCAACAAGAAAGAGCCAUGAAUUAUGCCAAGCUCAGGACCAAUCUGCAGCACGCUAUUCGUCGCGGCACGGGGCUCAUGGAAGAAGACGAAGAGCCGAUUGUGGAGGAUGUGAUGAUGUCAUCAGAGGGCCGUAUGGAUGACCUCAAUGAAGGCAUGGACUUUGACACCAUGGACAUUGAUCUGCCACCCUCUAAGAACCGCCGUGAGAGGUCUGAGCUCAAGCCGGAUUACUUUGACCCUGCUUCAAUCAUGGAUGAAUCGGUGCUUGGGGUGUCCAUGUUUUAAGCUAAUAUCCAGAUGAUUCUGACGCUGGGAUGAGAGAAGACGUGCUUUGUAUUUAAAGAGAAUUUUAGAUGCGAAAACAGAAGUGUUUUCUGUAAGAAAAGGCAAAAAAAAUGGAAAAAAAAAAAAAAAUCAAAUCUGGCUUGUACUUUACGUGGACCAAUGA